AUGGCGUGUGACAGCGGCAAGGUCACCAUCCAGCUGGUGGAGGACGAGGCCAGCCCCGAGGCCCGGGGCCCCAAGCUCUUUCGGGGUCAGAACUACGAAGCAAUCCGGGCCACCUGCCUGCAGGAGGGGAUCCUGUUCCGAGACCCCUACUUCCCGGCUGGCGCAGAGGCCCUCGGCCAUGACCUGCUCGGGCCCGACUCCGAGAGGGCCAAAGGGGUGGAAUGGAAGAGGCCGCAUGAGUUCUGUGCUGAGCCCCACUUCAUCUGCGAGGACGUGAGCAGGACAGAUGUGUGUCAGGGGAGAUUGGGUAACUGCUGGCUUCUGGCGGCCGCUGCCUCCCUCACACUGUACCCGCGGCUGCUGCGCCGGGUCGUGCCCCUGGGACAGAGCUUUCGGAAUGGUUACGCAGGGGUCUUCCACUUCCAGAUCUGGCAGUUUGGCCGCUGGGUUGACGUGGUGGUAGAUGACCGGCUGCCUGUGCGGAACGGGAAGCUGAUGUUCGUGCGCUCUGAGCAGCGGAAUGAGUUCUGGGCUCCACUUCUGGAAAAGGCCUAUGCCAAGCUGCAUGGCUCCUACGAGGUGAUGCAGGGCGGCCACAUGAACGAGGCCUUCGUGGACUUCACGGGUGGCAUCGGCGAGGUGCUCUACCUGAGGCAGGACAUCCCUGGACUCUUCCCCAUCCUGCGCCAUGCCCUUAUGAAAGAGUCCCUAGUGGGCGCCACUGCACUGAGUAACCGGGGGGAGUACCGCACAGAGGACGGGCUGGUGAAGGGACAUGCGUACUCAGUCACGGGCACACACAAGGUGACCCUGGGCUUCACCAAAGUACGGCUGUUGCGGCUUCGGAACCCGUGGGGCCGCGUGGAGUGGAACGGGGCCUGGAGCGACAGCUGCCCACGCUGGGACACACUACCCACCGAGUGGCGAGAGGCCCUGCUAGUGAAGAAGGAAGACGGCGAGUUCUGGAUGGAGCUUCAGGACUUCCUGCGCCACUUCAACACGGUCCAGAUCUGCUCGCUGAGCCCCGACGUGCUGGGCCCGCUGCCGGCGGGUGGCAGCUGGCACAUCCACACGUUCCAGGGCCGCUGGGUGCGAGGCUUCAACUCCGGCGGGAGCCAGCCCGGGGCCGGCACCUUCUGGACCAACCCCCAGUUCCGGCUGACGCUGCUGGAGCCGGACGAGGAGGAGGAGGACGACGACGACUGUCCUCGCGGCGGCCGCCUGCCCAAGUGCACGGUCCUGCUGUCCCUCAUCCAGCGCAACCGGCGACGCCUGCGCGCGCAGGGCCUCAGCUACCUCAGCGUGGGCUUCCACGUGUUCCAGAUCCCGGAGGAGCUGCUGCCCCUCUGGGACUCGCCCCGCAGCCGCGCGCUGCUGCCCAACCUGCUGCGCGCUGACCGCUCGCCCUUCUGCGCGCGCCGCGACGUGAGCCGCCGCUGCCGCCUGCCGCCCGGCCACUACCUGGUGGUGCCCAGCGCCACCCGCACGGGCGACGAGGCCGACUUCACGCUGCGCAUCUUCACCGAGCGCCGCCACACCGCCGUGGAGAUCGACGACGUCAUCAGCGCCGACCUGCACGCCCUCGAGGUGCCCUACUGGCCCUUGGACCUGGGGUUGGAACUGCUGUUCCUGGAGCUGGCAGGAGAGGAGGAGGAACUCUGCGCCCCUGAGCUCCAGAUCUUGUUGAACAUCGCCUUGGAGCCCGCCAGGGCGCAUAACCGGGGGAUUCUCCGAGAGAUCGGCCCCAGGACCUGUGAACUUCUGCUGCGCUGUUUCGGGCAUGGCGGAAGCCUGGCUCUGUACCAUUUCCAGCAGCUGUGGGGCCACCUCCAGAAGUGGCAGGACACCUUCGACAAGUUCGAUGAAGAUGAGUCGGGCACCAUGAACUCGUGUGAGCUGAGGCUGGCACUGAACGCGGCAGGCUUCCACCUGAACAACCAGCUGACCCAGGCCCUCACCAGCCGUUACCGGGACAGCCGGCUACGUGUGGACUUCGAGCGCUUUGUGUGCUGCGCGGCCCAGCUCACCAACAUCUUCCGCCUCUGCAGCCAGAACCUGGAUGGGGGUGAAGGGGUCAUCUGCCUGACCCAUAGCCAGUGGAGGCAGGUGGCCUCCUUCUCCUAG